CACCACGCGCAUGCGCCAGAAGGGGUGCGGGGCCUUCGCCUGAUUUUUCUCAUCCACGUGCCGCAAAAAGACAUCAUGGUUCAAUUGGGACGCUGCCUCAUGAAACAAUACCACAACCUACGUAUUAUCAUCCGUUUUGCUCUUGGUGGCUGUGCCAACAGACCGUACUAUCGGAUUGUGGCUGCGCACAACAAGCGGGCCCGGGAUGGCAAGUACUUAGAACAAGUUGGCUGCUAUGAUCCGCUUCCCAACAACCACACAGAAAAAAUAGUUGGCUUGAAUAUUGAGCGGCUGAAAUACUGGAUUGGCAAUGGUGCCCUUCUCAGCAAGCCUGUUGAAAAACUUUUGGGACUUUCUGGAUUCUUCCCCCUGCAUCCUAUGACUAUCACAAAUGCUGAGCGAGUAAAAGAGAGAAGAACCCAGGAGGCUACAAGGAAUGCUCAGGAAGAAAACGUGACUGUGAAAGAAUAAGAGCAAAGUGGGUAAACUAGACUCUUGCUAUCAGCUUAGAGGGCAGAGUAUAUGCCAUGCCAAGGAAGUGGGCAGAAGCACCUUGAAUUGCGCUUGAGAUUAAUGCUCCCAAACCUAUAAAUAACUCUUCCACCAUCUGCAGAAUAUUUUUUUAAAAAUGCCCUAAGUAUUGUAUUUAAGAUGUCUGGCAAAUAUGCAGCAAAUAUAACAAGAUCAGGGAGCGGGUUUCUGAUGCUGAAAUGUAUAGACAAUCCAGUACCACCUUUUUCAUGUAGAAACUUGAUUUCUGUCCCAGAAGAGGCAGAUAAACCAUGUCCUAGAUGUGCAUUUUCUCCACCCCCACUCUUUCCUAUCCAGCUGUGAUUUCUCAUUCAUUUGUCUUAAAUUCAGGCUUCUCCACAAUCCCAUCUUCCCUUUGAUCUGAAUUACGCAAUUCAUAUGUGUCCUUUUUCAACCACAACUUUGUGAGAUUCCUUCAAAAGGCAGACUAGCUUAUUAGGCAUGAAUCUUCGUAGCCAACUUUUGUGAACUGCCCAGAGAGCCCCAGCUGUUGGGCGGUAUAUAAAUGUAAUAAAUAAAUAAAUCAAGGAAUGUGUUGAACUGUAGAAAAGCUGUGAAAUUGAGCUUCCUAAAUGAUGAAAACAAUAAACCAAGGUUUGUAGUCUUUAUGUUCAAAA